AUGAGGGGUGACACUGCUCGAGCCGCGUCUCCUGCCCCGAUUCUGCUCCGAUUCGCGGCCGCCUGCGCCGCGCUCGGAUCCGCGGCGGCUUACUUCGGGCUCACAGCCAAAGAGCCUCUGCUGGUCCUGGCGAUCCGAGGAGGAGGAGGAGCAGGGGACGGACCGGACUCGACCGGUGGUGGCGUUGGUGGAGGAGGAGGCGUCUCCGGCUCCUCGUGGAGCAGCUCGUGGAGCCACUCGGGGCAGCAGUGGAGCCACUCGGGGCAGCAGUGGAGCCACGUGGGCGCUCCGCCUCUCGGCUCCGCGCGGCAUCCCGCACGGAGCCGCUCGCACCUCAAGCUGUGCGACGGCCUCAAGCUGCAGCGCAAGCAGCGCCGCCUGUGCCGCCGUGACCCGGGCCUGGGGCCAGCGCUGCUGGAAGCCAGCGGCCUCGGCGCGGCCGAGUGCCAGGCGCAGUUCCGCGCCGAGCGGUGGAACUGCAGCCUGGAGGCACCGCACCGCGCCAACAUCCUGAAGCGGGGGUUCCGCGAGACGGCCUUCCUCUUCGGCGUCUCGGCGGCGGGCCUGGCCCACUCGGUGUCGCGCGCGUGCAGCGCGGGCCGCCUGGAGCGCUGCACCUGCGACGAGGCCCCGCAGCUGCAGAACCGCCAGGCGUGGCAGUGGGGCGGCUGCGGCGACAACGUCAAGUUCGGCCUCAAGUUCACGCGCGCCUUCCUCGAGCAGCAGAGGCGCGGCGGCGGCAUGGACGUGCGCGCGCGCGUGGACGCUCACAACUCGGACGUGGGGCUCAAGGUGGUGAGGAGCGGCGUGCGCACCACGUGCAAGUGCCACGGCGUGUCGGGCUCGUGCAGCGUGCGCACCUGCUGGAGGCAGCUGGCUCCCUUCGGCGAGUCGGGGCGCCUCCUCAAGAGGGCCUACGACUCGGCGCUGAGGGUCACGGGCCUCGCCAACGGGGCCACGGCCGACGGCGGCGGCUUCCCGCGGGGACCGGCGCGGCCGCCGCCGCCGCCAGCGCCAUCCUCGCCGUCAUCACCAUCAUCAUCGGGAGCAGCAGCAGCAGCAGCAGCAGCAUCGUCGUCGUCGUCACCGCUGGAGAUGGAUCUCCUCCUGUUCUACCUGGACGAUUCGCCGAGCUUCUGUCGGCCCAGUCGCUUCUCGCCGGGCACCGGGGGCAGGCCGUGCCACAGAGAGGGCAGCUGCGAGUCGCUGUGCUGCGGCCGGGGCCACAACACCCAGAGCCGCGUGACGCAGCGGCCUUGCCAGUGCCAGGUGCGGUGGUGCUGCUACGUGGAGUGCAAGCAGUGCGUGCAGAGGGAGGAGCUGUUCACCUGCAAGAACACCUGAGCGGUCGCUAUUGGAGUCUCGAGGAGGAUGGCGGUGGCAGUGGUGGUGGAGGAGGAAGGUACAGAAUCAGGAGGAAGAUGAUGGAGGAGGUGGUGGUGGUGAAGGAGAAAGUUCGUGAUGGUGGUGGAAGGUUGCGGUGAUGGGGGAUGAGGAGGAUGGCGACGUUUGAGGGAGUUGAGUGGAGAAGAGAGACUCAAGGGACGCACAACUGAAACAUUUCCACCUCCAUCAACAACAGAAGCCUUUCUCAGAGAUUCCGCCGCCCACGUCAAGAGGCUCUGACUGGCGGUGCGAGUGCUAUUAGCGAGCACUGAUUGCGCUUGGGAUGCCACGCGAGAUGAGGUGCUUGUGGACUGACCCGCACGCGUCCGGCUGCCUUUGUCUUUCUUACUCCGAUGUUCGCGUGACCACGUCGCCGCGGCACGGGGUCAUCGUUUUAGGCUGAGUUAACCCUGCGGAUGGACACGCACACGCGAGGUUGAUGCGCAUUGUCACCGACGGUGGCGACCAGGGCGGUUGGAGCCGUGGCCAGGAAUCGAACCCAGGAUGGUCGCGGCAUGAGCGCAGAAUGCGAUUGGCUGCUACGCAACAAAGAGUAACAAAGGUCCCCCGUGUAGCCUUAACAGACUGUUGGGGCAAGUGCUGUUAGCGAGCACCUUUGAAGGCUGGCACGGCACGCGAGGGGGUGGAUGGCCAGCACCACACCCAGCCGCCGUUGUCUCCCCAUUGCUGAUGUUUGCACACCGUACCCAGAGUCGACCUAGGGGAGGCCCAGCACCGGUUCAGACAAUCGUCACUGAUGCUGACCGUGAGCGGCAUCGAACUCGGGCGGACGGGUUAGUAGCCCAAUGCGCUAACUGCUGCACCACCACUCCUCCGAAGGCCACACACGGAAACACAAGACAAAUGUGCCCCGUGUAGCCUUGAACAAGGGGCAAGUGCUGUUAGCGAAGGCUUAUUAAGCCUGGAACAAUGCACGAGGCGGUGCUGUGGAUAGAAUAACCAUGCCCGUCCCUCCGUCUUUGUCUCCCCAGUUCCGACGAACACGUAUAAAACACGCGUGUAGAAUAACACACACACGCACACACACACACGCGCGCGCUCCCACACACGAACACGCACGCGGGUGUUUAUUUUCUUGAGCUGCGUUAAGAUGUUAAGAUUCAUCUCGGUGAGAGGGUCGCUGUAAUAAUGACGACUUCGACGCACUUGUCUUGAGAUGGUUUCUUUAUUAAGGAGCCACGUGCUGACACUCGGACAGGCGGAGACCCCCACUGCAACAGCCCCGAGUAUCCCGCGCAUCUCCCCCUUACAUACGGUCCGAGGCCACGCCCCCAUUCCCAGAACCUUCUCGCUGGUUCUAGACCGCUCGCUCCACCAGCUGACUCCACUGCCUCUUCCGUCACCUGGCCACGCUCCUAUUCUCGAUCAUUCUCGUACCCACCAGUCCACUCGUACUGCAAGCUGACUCCCCUGUCAUUACCUCCUGUGGCCACUAGUCCAUUCGCACUGCAGGCUGACUCCCCUGUCAUUACCUCCCGUGGCCACUAGUCGAUUCGCACUGCAGGUUGACUCCCCUGUCAU